AUGAAUAAGGCUAAUUCAUGGGUGAGAGGCAAGUGUAUUGGUAAGGGCGCGUUUGGCGUCGUGAAUAUGGCUUAUUCAAAAAGCGAUUCUAGAGUUUUCGCGGUGAAGUCUGUUGAUACUAAAACAGCGCUUCCGAAUCAGUUACAAGCGUUGGAGAAUGAGAUUGAGAUAUUGAAACGGUUUUCUUCUUCUUCUUCUUUUUCUCCUCACGUGAUAUCUUAUCUCGGAGAUGAUGUCACGUGCGAGGGUGAAGGAACGUCGGCGUUUAAGAAUCUUCAUUUGGAGUACAUGCCAGGUGGCACCGUCGCUGAUUUGGAUCGUGCUGACGUGGACGAACGGUUAGUUAGAAAGUUCGCGUGGUGUUUGGUUAACGCGCUGAGGGAUGUUCACGCGCGCGGAGUUGUUCACUGCGAUGUUAAGGGGAAGAAUGUUCUCGUUGCCGGAGGUUCAGCUUCCGUCGCUAAGCUCGCUGAUUUCGGAUCGGCGGUGGAGUUUUCCGGUGGGAGAUGUAUUUCGCCGCGUGGAAGUCCGUUGUGGAUGGCACCGGAGGUUAUUCGGAGAGAGUAUCAAGGACCGGAAUCUGACGUGUGGUCGCUUGGAUGUACCGUGAUUGAGAUUUUCUCCGGGAAAUCGCCGUGGGAGGAUCACGGUUUCGAUACACUGAGUCAGAUUGGAUUUUCCGAUGAAUUACCGGAGUUUCCUAACGGUUUAUCGGAACUCGGGAUCGAUUUUCUCGAGAAGUGUUUGAGGAGAGAUCGGAGCCGGAGAUGGAGCUGUGAUCAGCUGCUACAGCAUCCAUUUCUGUUACCGUGCGAUAGUGUGGUGGAAUCGUCACCUCGUUCUGUAAUGGACUGGGUUGACUCGCGAUUCACCGAGUCAGAAAACGAGUUUGAAUUCGAGGAAGUAAAGUUGAAUUGUGAUGAAAAUUUAGUUAAAAAUAGAAUUAGUAAAUUAGAGACUGGAUUGAGGGUAAAUUGGGAAACAGAAAAUUGGGUAGUGGUGAGGGAAAUUUCGUCGGAAGAAGAGUCAUCAACAAGAGAAAAAGAAGAGUGUGGGGACGAAGUAUCAGGGGCAAUAUCGGAAAUGGAGAAUGUAGUGAGGGUAGUAGAGGAAAUGGAGGUAGAAAUCGAAAUUAGUUUGGAAUAUUCAGAUUCUGAUGAAAGGGUAAAACGGGAAAUGUUGAGGUUGUUGUGGUGGCGUGAGUGUUAUAAUCAGUGCAAGUAUAACCGCAACCGCAGGAACAGCAUUAUAGGUGGAAGUGGAAGUUGUUGUGGUUGGAGAUGUCGGUAUAGAUACGGUUGGGAAAAGUUUAAUAGGAAUGUUAGUAGAAUAUUCAUGAUUAACGCACUGUGUUGUAAAAUAAUCAAAUCAUGUUAUUUGUUAUUAAUAUAUUAUUAUCCAUUUUGGUUGAAAAUUAUUAAGGGUGAAUUUAUUUUAAAGUUUAGUAGAAAUCAUUUUGAAACUCUUUUUACUAAACAAAGUUUGGUAGAGUUGAUUAUUUGA